UUUCUCUCCGUAUCUCAGGUCACUCCCUCCUCCGCGCUGUCAGCAGCAGCUCCUUACGCGGUUCAAACUUAGCUCUGUCCCUCCGAAUCUGCUCCGUCGUCACUUUUCUCUAUUUGUCGCCUGUUCUUUUUAAGCUUUAAACUGUUUUUAAUCGUUUGUUUGAGGACUGUGACGCGAAGACUCGCGGAAGAGAGGACUUGUCGACUUUUCUUCGCCAGCAGCAGUUGAAGAGCAGCGGGGGGAGAUGACCAGCUGAGGACUGGAAAUCUUAAAAAAAAACACGGGGCCUGUUUCUGUAAUGAUUGAUCAAUGCUGCCACAAUGGCGUUAAAGGCACAGGUUUUAUAUGACUUCACCGCUGAGCCCGGCAACAAUGAGCUGACAGUGAAAGAAGGCGAGACAAUCACUGUCACCAAUAAGAGUAUCGGAGGCGGUUGGAUUGAAGCACAGAACUCAAGAGGAGAGGUUGGACUGGUGCCUGAAGAUUACAUUGAGUUCAAAAAUGAAUUUCCUGCAUUCCCAGCAGCAUCGACGGCACCCCCUUCAAAUGCAGGGAACGCCGCAUAUCCGGACCUUUCUGUCUUUGACGCAUUUGCACCUGUGUCAACGCCUGCACAAAACCAGGUGGAUUCUGGGGCUUUGAGUCCCGUGCCAGACACCCCAGACACCCCAGUUACCCCUUUCUUCCCAUCCCCCGAGGAGGCCAGCAAUGGUAAUGAUCCCUGGUCAGCGUGGAAUGCAGACCCUUCAGGGGGCACAAACAACAACUGGGCGUCUAAUCCAGAGGGCACUCAGACUGGGAAGAGUGCUCCUGACCCCUGGGGCAAUGUAUCACAGGGUCACCCUCAGGCUUACCAAGGUCCAGCUAAAGACAUCUACCCAUAUCCUUACCUUAUUGAUUACACAGCGGCAGAGGAUGACGAGUGGGACGAUGAAUGGGAUGAGAUGAAAUCAAGUGCCGGCUACGCAGAAUCGGAAUCUGGGGAAGCCGGUGGAAUACAGAGAGGAGGAAUGCAUGCUUCGUCGAUGAAAAUAUCCCUCAAUAAAUUCCCAGGAUUCUCCAAGUCUGGUCCUGAGCUCUACCUUCUUUGCAAACAGAUUGCGAAAGGGAAAGACAAGCUGUCGAUAUACGUGGGCGAGGUUGGUCCUGUGUGGUCUUACCCAGAAACCCAGAUAGACUGCAUCGUAGCCGAUCCCAAGAAAGGGUCCAAGAUGUACGGCCUCAAGAGCUACAUAGAGUACCAAAUCACACCCAAUACAACAAACCGACCUGUCAAUCAUAGAUACAAGCACUUUGAUUGGCUCUAUGAGAGACUCCUGGACAAAUUUGGGUCGGCCAUUCCAAUUCCCUCUUUGCCAGACAAGCAGGUGACAGGGCGUUUUGAGGAGGAGUUUAUUAAGAUGCGCAUGGAGCGGUUGCAGGGUUGGAUGUCCAGGAUGUGCAGACACCCUGUUAUUUCUGGCAGCGAUGUUUUCCAGCUUUUCCUCACAUACAAAGAUGAAAAGGACUGGAAGACGGGCAAGAGAAAAGCGGAGAAAGACGAGACGGUUGGAGUGAUGAUCUUCACCACAAUCGAGCCAGAAGCUGCAGACCUGGAUCCGUUAGAAGUGGAGCAGAAAUGCGAGCAGUUCAGUAAGUUUACCAAAGCCAUGGACGACAGCGUGAAGGAAAUCCUCACUGUGGGAAACGAGCACUGGAAGAGAUGCACAGGACCUCUGCCAAAGGAAUACCAGAGAAUAGGAAAAGCCUUGCAGAACCUCUCUACUGUCUUCACAAGCAGUGGAUACCAAGGUGAGUCGACUCUAACCGAUGCCUUGACGGCGGCUGGAAAGACCUACGAGGAGAUAGCCCAGCUGGUGGCAGAGCAGCCUAAGAAAGAUCUUCACUUCCUCAUGGAGACCAAUAAUGAAUAUAAGGGUCUCCUUGGAUGCUUCCCAGAUACCAUUGGGGUCCAUAAGGCAGCUAUAGACAAGGUGAAGGAAGGGGACAAGCUGGUGGCUGCCAACAAAAUUACCACUCAGGACAAAGUAGCCAUGUCGAAACGUCUCAGCACCAUGUCUUACACUUUACAAGCUGAAAUGAACCACUUCCAUAGCAACCGUAUCUACGACUACAACCGGGUCAUGCAGCAGUACCUGGAGGAGCAAGUCAAGUUUUACGAGACGAUUGCUGCAAAGCUGAGACAAGCUCAUGGUCAGUUCACUACAAUGUGAGAGCAGUCUCACACAACAAGACACAACGUUUAAUCAGAUCCUGCCGAAAGCGCUUUUGCUUGCGUUGCAUCUUUACUCUCUCUCUCUCUCUCUCUCUCACUCUCUCCACAAUUAAAAUUUCACUUCUGUAUUUCUCGUA